UGCACACGGCCGUGCGGCAGCAAGCCAUGCUUGCCCUCGCCCAUAUGAGCAAAGUGGAGAUGGCACUGGGGGGCAAGAAGAAAAGCCUUUUAGAGGCCUGUUUCAGGAGUGUCUUCUUGCUUCCUCCUAAAACAGACAUGCAGGGCCUAGACAAUUUCCUCUACUUUAAGACCCUGGAUGCCAUGGACAUCCUGCUUAAGAGCUUGGUGCUCAGCUCCCCUGGCUUCAAGGACCUGAGGAUUAUCUUGCAGAUGCUGCUGCCUUUCACCGACACUAAGAAUGCAGCUGCAUGUGAAAGGGCUGUGGUCAGGAUUGGGAAGCUGGUCGAUUUGAUGGACAGCUCUUCCUCGGUGCAGGUCUGGAGCUUGCUUACAGAUGACAACAGCUCUUCCCACGGUGACACUAUCCAUGACCGCCUCCUGGGACAGCUGCUGGGACAUCUCAUUGUUUGCUGGACUAGCAAGAUCUGGGAGAUCCAGUAUGAGGCUUUGGAUACUCUUCAUUACCUCUGCAGAUGCAUCCAGCAGCAAAAAUGUGUGACAUCACCAGAGGAUGAUCUAAAGCAUCCCCAGUGUGGAGGCGAAAGGAAAGCUGGGAAACCCUCCUGGCUUUCCGUGUGCAGCACCAGGAGCAUUGUAAAGGUAAUGAGCUUCUCCCUUGCUGGGCCUUGUCCAGGGCAUCAGCAGGAGACUGGUGCAUUUGGGGAAGACCUCCGACCCCCUGAUAAGACGGUCAUCCUUGUCAAGGCCAUCGAGGCCAUGAGAGACUCAUGCACAUGCGACAAGGAGGAACUGAUCAGCAUUGUGGAUGUGGCCAUGACAGAACCUGCCUCCUGGCUGACGGAGGUGCCUCAGGCACCUUGA